GGUAUUCGCUUGGGGCUAGACAAAGUGGAGCCGGGGACGCACGCGAAGUCGCACGAAACGCAGAUACAGGAAGCCGCCGAUAGAGCUCUGGGGACCCCAUCGUUCAACUACUCCGCGAAGGCCCUCACCAGCCGCGCAAGAUGCGACGUCAUGUCGUUGCGCCCCGUGCGACACCUCGAGGACCCCGACACAACCUCGCGCAUUAAGAAAAACCAGGAUGUAAUAAAAGGCAACUUCGGCUUCACCCGGAUGACUAAUCCGCCGCCACCAUGGACGAAGGCAGCGAGGUACGAGGAUAUGGGCUGCGAAACCCUCAGCAGUUUCCCGGUCAUUUUUGUAGCCGACGCAGCAGGAGUGCAAAAGCUGAAGGUGCGGGGAAAUCUGAAGUCACUGACAAAUCUAACAUUGCC